AUCAGUGGCAUCAGUGGUGCACUGUCGUCUGUCGAUGUUAGGAGUGGUUUGUAAUUAGUGUUGUGUAUGUUUCUUUUUUUUUUCAAUUUGUACGUCAGGAAGGACAUAUAAGUAGAGGUUAUUUGUUCGACACUACAGCAAAAUGACGUGGGGAUUUGUAACUUGUGGCCCUAAUGAAGCAUUGGUAGUUUCAGGGUGCUGUUACAACAAGCCCUUACUGGUGCCUGGAGGCAGAGCCUUUGUAUGGCCCACAAUUCAGUGUGUGCAGAGAAUUUCUCUCAACACGAUGACCCUUCAGGUAGAGAGUCCCACAGUCUACACCAGCCAGGGGGUUCCAAUAUCAGUGACUGGCAUUGCACAGGUGAAAAUCCAGGGUCAGAAUGAGGAAAUGCUGCUUGCUGCUUGUGAGCAGUUUCUGGGGAAGCAGGAAAGUGAAAUCCAGCACAUAGCACUGGUCACACUGGAAGGACAUCAGAGGGCCAUCAUGGGAAGCAUGACAGUUGAGGAAAUCUACAAAGACAGGAAGAAGUUCAGCAAACAGGUGUUUGAGGUUGCAUCAUCUGAUCUGGUGAAUAUGGGUAUCACUGUUGUCUCAUACACAUUGAAAGAUAUCAGAGAUGAAGAGGGGGCAAAGGGUUACUUGAAAAGUUUGGGAAUGGCAAGAACUGCAGAGGUGAAGCGUGAUGCCCGGAUUGGAGAAGCUGAAGCAAGGCGUGAUGCCCAGAUUAAGGAAGCAAUCGCUGAGGAAGAGCGCAUGGCUGCAAGGUUUUUGAAUGAUACAGAAAUUGCCAAAGCGCAGAGAGACUUUGAGCUGAAGAAAGCAGCUUAUGAUGUGGAGGUUCAGACAAAGAAGGCAGAGGCUGAGUUGGCAUAUGAACUGCAAGCUGCCAAGACAAAGCAGCGCAUCAAGGAGGAGCAAAUGCAGAUCCUGGUUGUGGAGCGAAGCCAGGAGAUUGCUGUGCAGGAUCAGGAGAUACAGCGCCGAGAGAGGGAGUUGGAGGCCACCAUUAGGCGACCUGCAGAAGCAGAGAAAUACAAACUGGAGAAGUUGGCAGAAGCCAACAGGAACAGGGUGAUCCUAGAAGCUGAGGCAGAGGCAGAAGCACUACGAGUACGGGGAGAAGCAGAGGCAUUUGCUGUUGAGGCAAAGGCCCGAGCAGAAGCAGAGCAGAUGGCUAAGAAGGCAGAUGCUUGGAAGGACUACAAGGAGGCUGCCAUGGUUGAUAUGCUUCUUGACACUUUACCGAAGGUGGCUGCUGAGGUUGCAGCCCCUCUCUCCCAAGCCAAGAAGAUCACAAUGGUGUCCAGUGGCCAAGGAGAUGUAGGUGCAGCAAAAUUAACUGGAGAAGUCCUUAGCAUCGUCAGCAAAGUGCCAGAAGUGGUGAAGAGUCUAACAGGUGUUGACAUUGCAAAGUCAGUCCAUGCUGCUUGAAGAUCUUUUCUGGGCUGAUACUGUACCAUGCUACUCCACAUCCCAACAAGAAAAGAGCUGUCAUCAUUUAAACUAGUCAUACUUCAGUAUAAUAUUUUUACUUUUCUUAGCUUCUGCAGGAAUUUAUAAUAGAUACACUGUGUUAUAGAUAGCCUUUCUCCAGACAUUUGAGUUUGCUACCUGUUGUCAGAAUGUAUUGAAGAUAUUGCUCUUUGCUUUUCUUAUAAGAUAAAUAUAUUAUGUUUUAACAGUUCUGUGAUUAAAAAAGCUAAUACAUUCACUGCCUGCAUUAGAUAUGGCCAGUCAAUAAGUAUGCUCCCCCAGUACCAAUGACAGCUUUUGAAAACAUUCCAGUUUGUCCUGAAGAUGUGCAGUUGCCAUUAAACCUUCACAGAUUAUAAUACAAUCUCUGAGGAGUUAAAUUGUGUUUGAGGUUUCAGCAUUUAAUAGAAGUUUUAAAACUGCUUUUUUUGUGUCUGUGUUUUAACCUUGACUGCAUAGCCUGUAAGAUAAAACAGGUAUUCAGGUGCAGGCAGUAAAUGUAUUGACCCUUUAUGUGGGUAUUUAAAUGGUCUGCUGCUGUACAUUAAGUGGCCUUUUAAAUCUCCACCUUGGCUGUUUUGACUUAAAAACCAUAGGAUAGAAACCCAAAGGAACUGUAUGUUUUUUAUUAUUAAGCAAAUGCUUCAAAUAAGCCAAAUCAUAUACUGAAAGGAUAUUUCUCUGUUGCCUAUGAAUGACAAUUCAAAAGAAAUUCCAGGGAUAAUAAUGACUAUUAUGGGCCUUAAUCUAUCAUGAGUCUCAACUGACAUUACAUUGCAUUCCCGGAAUUCAGACUUAGCCAAAAAGAGUGUAGGGUGUGGAAUAUGUAUGAUUAUGUAUUAAAAUAUUGGAUUUUAUAACA